AUGACGACAAAGCUGUUGGGGAUCGGCGCCGUUUCCGAGGCGGAGAAGAUUUGUCCGGACUCCGAUUCCUCGUCCUCCACCACGACGAUCGCCGCCGCCGGCAAGCCAGUCUGCAGGAAGUACGACUGCCAGUACUGCGGCCGCGAGUUCGCCAACUCGCAGGCGCUGGGCGGCCACCAGAACGCCCACAAGAGAGAGCGACAGAAGCUGAAGCGCGCCGCCCAGAUGCGGCAGCGCUACUACUACCGGAUCCAUCACGGCGGCGGCGGAGGGACCGGCUUGCUCCCCAGAAACACGAUUUUGCCGGCCCUCGAGCCGCCACCGCACCUCUUCCAGGAGUACCCUCCGGCCGCCUCCGGGUGGAUCUACUUCUCACGCGACGCGCCGGCGCCACCGCAACCGCGGCCGUCCUUCACGUCUACUCGUCUCUCGGCGAUUAUCCCCGAGCGCACCUGCUCGGCCACCGGCCAUUUUCACGGCGAGCCGUCCUCGGAAAGGCUCAGCGUAUCCGGCCAGAGCAAGACGGCGAGGGCGGAGGAGGCGUUAGAGUUAGACCUCCAACUCCGCCUGGCUCCGGCCGGAUCAUAA